GUUGUAUGCUAGUCAGCACUUGGAGUUGGUGACAGACACGUGAUUGGCGCCAGCACGCCCAGGCAGCCUGCGCUAUGAGGACAACUGCUGCAACUUGCAAAGCCUUCGAGCAGCUGAGCCUGUAGCGUCUCGAGGGAGGGUAUGGCUCGGCAAGAUCAAAGACCCUGCUGAAGCUACUUGUGUCUGACAAUCGUGCUUUAUGAUUACUUGAUGUGAUGCAGACAUGUCGUGGCGAGCAUACCAGCUCCUGCCAUGAAUGUAUUCAAGCGAAUGUGAUGUACACAGCUAUACCUUGGAGGAGCAUGGGUUGUGUCCGGGCUGGGAACUGACAGUGAGGACUUGAAGACGACAGUCACUCCUUGCUUGCGGCUCCCCAACAGGACUCUUCAACGCCAACCCUUGCAUACUCCCUAGCUUCUACACUUCUCAGUCUCAUGGCUAGCAAACGCAAGAUGUCCAUUGCCAACAGCGAGCGCUUCACCAUUCUGCCUCAUGACGAUAGCGCACGCAAGGAUCAGUCUUUCCGUUUCAGGGUGAACUUGCAUCCCAGCAAGGAAGAGCGUGCCAUGGCUCGCAAGCGUCUCAAGCUAGCUAUCCUUGGCUUCGCCGACUCCUUGUCGACAGACGCUAGUCUACAAUCAUCACCGGCUACUCCUGUACCAUCUGCUACGCUGGAGAAGCACUCAGGAACCAACAAGAGCGUGUCUGAUUGGGCAGAGUCGUGUGCUUCACUUGUCGCUGCUAGACCGUGUACAAGCACGCUUGACAUUCGCACGCCUGGCAAGCAUUCUGUACCUGCGCUGGAAGACACGGAGCAGUGUGUUGUCCCAUCCUCACACUCAAUACACACCAUGACGCCGGUGCAAGAUCAUGCUGAAGAUGUCUACGGAGCACGCUUAAUCUUGGAUAUGCCAGACUAUGCACUACCAACAGAAGUGAUGACUGCUGCACAAGAGUCUAUGAUGACUACACUGCUGAUGGAGGCACUGCCAGAAAUGACGAGUGAGGAGUAUAUGGACAUGACUGCGUGCUAUGAGGAGCGAUUGAAGGAGCGUCGAGAGCUUGUGCUGUCGAUGUUGGAUAAGCAGCUUGGUGUGUGUUCUGAUGUGCUUCUCUCGAGUGUCCUGAGCAAGGUCUAGUCCUCUUUGUACGUUGUACCCCUUUAAGUAGCCUUUUGCUCUGUUUGUCCUUGUCCUAGGUUGCACUUUUCCCAGUCAGUUGAGUAACUUGAGUCGCUUCACUUUGGGCGGUGGGC